AUGGGUAGAGUUAAGAUAAAGAAGAUGUGGAUGAUUGGAUAUUGGAAUUGGCUAUGUGGAGAUGAUAUGUGCAGUAUAUGUAGUGAGUCAUUUGAAAUGACAUGCCCACAGUGUUCAAGACCUGGAGAUGCUUGUCCACCAGCUUUUGGAGAGUGCGGACAUGCAUUUCACCUCCACUGUAUUCAUGAAUGGCUUGCUAGAGCUCGAAAUGAUUCUGGAAUGUGUCCAAUGUGUAGACGAGAGUUCAGAUUUCAGGUAACUUCUAGUUCAUUAUCUUCACAGUCCCUAAAAGUUUAA